AUGAUCGGUGCCGGGGGCUGGCCCUUCGCGAGCCUCGCCUGCCUGGCUGCCUGGCAGUGCUCCAGGGAGUACGUGGGCCUGCUGCAGGCCUCCGGCAUGGCCUCCGGUAUGGAACCCCCCAGCAAGCUGACGUCCAGCACAGUGACCCUCUUCUGCGUCGCCCUGAACGUCUGGACCGCGGCGUCCAGAGGGAGGGGCAGCACGCCCCUCGCUGUUGCCGCCUUCUGCCUCAUGUUCAUGCAGCUCGUGGAUGCUCACAAGCCGCGCUUCGCACAGCUGGCGUCCACCGUGUUCGGUCUGAUAUACUGUGGGUACCUGCCCAGCUUCUGGCUGAGGCUCCGGAUGCUGGACGUGCCGGCAAUCAACUCGCAGCUUCUGCACAGCUGGCCGGUCUCCCUGGGGGGCUUGAGCCACGUGACGGUUGGCCUGGUGGCCACCCUCACCACCGUGGCAUGCGUGGUGGGCGCCGACACGGGGGCCUACUUCACGGGGCGCGCCUUUGGCCGCACGCGUCUGCACAGCAUCAGCCCCAAGAAGACGGUGGAGGGGGCGGCGGGGGGCCUGGUGGCCUCUGUGGCCGUGGCCCUGGCCUCCUGGCGCUUCCUGGGCUGGCCCAGCGGCCCGGCUCAGGCGGCGGGCCUGGGCGCCCUCGUCUUUGUCUCCUCGGUGGCCGGAGACCUGAUAGAGAGCGUGAUCAAGCGUGACGCGGGGCUGAAGGACGCCUCCAACCUCAUCCCCGGGCAUGGCGGGCUGCUGGACCGCCUGGACUCCUACCUCUUCACCGGCGCCUGCGUCUACUUCCUCAUCACGGCUGUGCUGCCUGGCUUUGGAGUGUAG